AUGGAGACCCAAGCAUACGACCUUGUUUGUACAGAGAACAGAGACUUUCUCUACGAAAGAGAAGGUAUGCCUGGUAUAAAUCCAAAUUUUGUAUACAUGAAUCAAGAGGUUCACACUUUGAAAAUGGCGAGUGAAACAAGAAUCGUUCCAGACACGGACAAGAGAGCUGCUCCGAAAAAACCUAGGAAAAGAAAUUCAGACAAAGAUAGACUGAGGACAGAAGCAGAACAGACAGCAUAUAAGAAACUUAAAGAGAUUAUUCCGUCCCUAAAGGAUCAAAGGAGGACGACAAAAUUACAGACAGUCAGAGAGGCCGUUGUGUAUAUUCAGAAACUCCAAGAGACCUUGACUGGAAUCCCCCGGAUCGGAGCGAAAGAUGGCAAACAUUGA